CCGGCGCUCUUCUUCUAUCCAGUUGUCUUUAUACAUCCAUAGUCCAGCGUCAUGGAGGCGUAAGGAGACUGGCGUCAUGUUGAAAAUAAUAAUACAGUGUUGUUAUGAUAGUUAUUUUUCGACACGUUAACAUAUCCGGAUUCUUGAAGUGCAGGUGAAGAGGCUCGUUGACUGGAAGUUAAAAUGGCAGUCUCUGCCUGGUCAGAAGACAUACUCCGGCUCCUCCGCCGAAUGAAUAACUUUUAUUUACCAGGCUCCGGUCGAGCGAAAUGUUUUCGGUUUGAGAUAGACGGGACGCAGGUCGGCUGGAUCCCUCCGCAUGUAGCGUCGCUGCUGACGCGGUAUCCAGACGUGUUCAGUCCGCCGCACGGUGGCGCAGUGUCCCUGCAUCACAGGCUGGACUCUGCUAGGAAGAGAUCCGAGGCUGUGGACGCUGUCCUGACGUCCUGGAGAGGAGAAGGCUCACUGAGCUGCCUGACGGGAUGGAGAGAUGAGAAGUACAACGUGAUGCAGAAGUUCUCAGACCCUCCUUUGAUGUGGAUGGAAAGAGCAGCUACGAGUCUUUUUGGAGUGAAGCGGUAUGGAGUCCAUGUUAACGGCUACACUGUUAGUGAAAGCGGGGAAGUCAACAUGUGGCUGGCAAGACGCUCCCCAACAAAGCAGACGUAUCCUGGACUACUGGACAAUGUGGCAGCAGGUGGUCUGGCUGCUGGGCUCGGCAUCAAACACACUCUGGUCAAAGAAUGUCAGGAAGAAGCAUGUAUCCCAGCAGCCCUUGCUGAGAAGGCUCAUCCUGUAACCACAAUAAGCUACACUUAUGAGGAUGAAGAGGGAGUGUUUGCAGAAAGCCAGUUCGUCUUUGAUUUGGAACUUCCUCUCCAGUUCAAGCCCAGAAUAGGUGAUGGAGAGGUGCAAGAUUUUUACCUCCUGCCCAUAGAUAAGGUGAAGGAACUACUGGCCACUGAUGACUUCAAACCCAACUCUGCCAUGGUGGUCCUGGAUUUCCUCAUUAGACACUCAAUUAUUGAGCCUGAUAGAGAGCCGUUUUACCAGGAGUUUGUGAUGGGACUCCAUCAGACGUUAUAGAAUGAAGCUCAAGACUGAACCGCUCAGACACCACACGCUGUGUGUUACAGUGUUGUUUACAUGGAUCCCAGGCAGAUGUUAGUGUUGCAGAAGCCGACUUCAGUCCUUGGAGCUCAGAAGAUGUAUCAGUCAGUGGACUGUGGGGAGCGGUUUCUAUGACGACAACUGAAUUCAGCCUUGCUUUGGGAUAGAUGCUUACAGGGCUGUUCUGACCACGUCUAUGGACAGUUCAUCAGUGUGCAAUACUGUGAUUUUUGAAAUAUCAACAGUUAGUAUUGUAUAAGAAGCUGAGAUAUAACUGGAAAUAAUGUCUAUGGGAUUGUUUAUGAAACUCUUAAGUAUAAGAGCUAUUUAUAGAUAAUCAAGUAAAGUCAUAGAUCACAUCAAUUUGCAAUUUUUUUAAAUGCAAGAGACAGUAUAAAAUGAGGCAUGUACUGAUAUAUGAACACUACAUAUAGCAUAAAUGGUUUAAAUAGACAACUGUAUUCAGCAUUAUUGUAACAUUUAUUAGUAUUUAGAAUAUUAAUAAUUUAGUAAUGAUGUGUAAAGAUCCCCUCCAGACAUGUUUUGUGACAUCUAAAGAAUUCUUGAAAUGACAUUUGCUCUUUUCUCUUAUUAAAUCAUUCACAAUCAGUGAAUAUCCAGCUGGAAACCAAACGUCUCCUACUUCAGUGU